UUCAAAACAAAAUGGAGGUUAGAUUGACAGUUCUGAUUUUACUGCUUUCGACAAAUGUAUUUGCACAAAUUCCAAGCCAACCAGUCUUUCAAUCCACCCAACCAUUGCAAACAUUUCAAGCACAGGGUGUCCCUUUUCAAGGGGUUCAAGCCUCUCCAAAUCAAAUUUCGUAUACGCCAUUUCAAAUGGUUCCAUUCCCCCCAGCUGCAGGUAGUGCACAACAGCCAGUAUCGACUGGUCCGCAACCCCAGGCGGCUUUAGGGAGUCAGCUGCAACCUAUGCAACAAUUGCCUGGAAAUAAUCUUCAACAGAAUUCGCAACAAAUUCAGAUUCAAGGAACAACAUUUCAAGCUGCUCCGGGGACAUCUUUACAACCUUUUCAGCGAGACCAAGCAACACAACAACAACAACUUUCUUCGAUACAACAAACAAACAGCAAUUCGGAUGUACAAAAGACAAUUCAAAAUACAGUGCAACAAGCCCAGCAGAUAACACAAAACUCACAGACACAGAACUCUGGAACUGAUUCAAAUGUAGGUUCAGCAGACACAUCCAUAAAUGGAAGCAUCAUCAGAUUUAAUGGAAAAGUUUUUAUCGCAGACAUUAAUGGACAGAUGAUAGAGGCACCUACACUUGAACACUUAGUUGGACAACAAAUUGUGAAUGGCCAAAUUAUUACACAAGAUUCAAGUUUGAUGGCAGCGCAACAAAACAAUCUUGCCUCUACAAACGCGUUAUUACCACCCAGAAUGCCAAUAAAUGGAAUGAAUCCCGUAAACAACAUGAUGUUCCCAAAUCAAAGGUUUUCCCCUCCAGGGCAGGCGCCAAUGCAACAACCACUUCCUUUUCAGGGACCCAAUCCGAUGCAAAACGCAAUUUUUCAAAAUAGAAGAUUUAUGUUUCAAAAUGGACAAAUGCCAGUGCCUAUGCAACAAAAUAUGAUUGGACAAUUCCCUAUGCAGGGACCACCCCUGCCAUUUCCACAAAAUUCAUUAAUGAGGCGACCGCCUCCUAUGAGACCGCCAUUCUUUAGGGGACAACGGGGCGGUUUUCCUCCAGGAUUCCCGGGGAGACGAUUUGGUAAUUUUUAA